GACAGCGACUCACUGCAGUUGAUCCGAAUACCUUCAAGAUGGAGAACAUGGUGGGAGACUGGACACUGGUGCCCGAGCUGACCACUGGUCAUGAUGAGUUUGCUGAAGCUAUAGGGAUGAGUGACGAAGAAAGGGAGAUGACUCGCAACUUUAGCUACACCUUCCAUCUGUCACGUGACGGAGACGACUGGCGCAUGAAGAUUGACAUUGUCAAGAUGGGCACAUUACUGGACACCAAGUUCAAAACGGGCGUGCCCCUUACCUACAUGUCUCCGGAUCAGGUGACCAAGCUGACGGACGUUAUAACGGUACAGAACGGCCACCUCAUUGAGAACAUGACGUCAGAGAAGGGCGGCAUGAUCCGCCAAUGGGAUGUCGACACGUAUCGAGAAGGGGACUUUCUCGUUGUGGUUCAGACCAAGGACGGCAAGUCCAAGACACAAAAGCUGAGACACCAAUGAUGUAAUCCACAGACUCCUAUGUCCCUCAUCAGCGUCUUGUGUAACGACGACACAACGACGACAACGACAACAACGACAACGCAACGCUGACUCGGUUCAACACCAAGAAUUAUCUUUGUGUUGACAAUACUGUCACCAGUAAUCACAUAUUGUGAGGGUAAUUUCUUCACCAAAAAUUACAUAUUGUGAUGAUAAUUACUGAGUUUAGGUUUGACUGAUAACUAUGGUCUGUCCAAAUUCAUGAUCCAGCAGCAAAUAAGUAAUGGCUGACUUACGGAACAAGCGUAGUGGUGUUGUAGCGACUUGAAUGAGGUGUGCUGGGACUGCCAUGGUGUCUGAGCAUACUACCCCUGUAAGUUAGAAUAUUUAUUCUUUCUUAACAUUUUACAGAAAUCCUCGAAAGGCCAGUUAACGGCUUCGUCACUUUCUUAUUAGCAGGGAUGUCGACUAGAUUUAUUGAUUUUCAAACGAUUGAAUCUAACUUCACAAUUGUACCAAAAUCGAAAGACAAUUUUGAUCGUCAGAAUGGGCCACUUAAAAAUAGUAUCGUCGGGUCGGCUCCGAGAAUGCGGACCCGGAACCUAACCAAACAUACAAAUGUUAUAUUUGGGAUAACACCUUCUUAGUAAAGUACAGAAUCUCGUACCUUUUGGCGUGGAGUCCCGUUCAGGGAUUCGAACACACACUUCCAGAGUGAGGCACCUAAAAAUGUGCGAGAAUCUGUACUUUACUAAGAAAGUGUCAUCCCAAAUAUACCAUUUGUGACCACUUCAAAAUGGCAUUGUGUUCAUAUGUUUAAUUAUUGGGAAGACUUCUUGGCUAGGUAUAGUGAUAAAUAUUCACUCAAUAUGUCGAUUCCAUUUACAUUUUGUGCUGUCAUGAAAUUUACAAUUUGUGUUAUUAGCAGCUACAAUGUGUUUAGUUCAAUCCGUAUCAGUGCCUUAAGUGACUGCAUCACGUGGUUGCUAUGAGACACGUGUGGCCGCGACAAUGAUAGGUGAUAUUGAUCGCUGCGUGCUUUUCAAAAAUAAUUGACGACAUUACUUCCGGUUUGUAUUUAGAAGUCACUCCC